UUCUGAUAAAGUGCCAUCCCGUUUGUAAGCUCGAUCUCUUCCCGCAGCGAGCCAGGCAGUCAGAGAGACAGAACAGGCGCUCCUUCGCCUCCGGCCAUCGCUGCUUCCAUUCCAGUCGCAGGAGACGACGGAUCGAUGGCGGCCGCGGCGCCGGUGUACCGGCGGGUGCUGAGGGCGGUGCAGAAGCACGUCGGCGGGGACGCCUCCAAGCAGCACUUCCGUGACUUCAUCGCCGCCGAGUUCCGCGCCCCCGCCGGCACGGAGGCCGACGCCAGGGCGAGGCUGCGGCUCGCCGGGGACUACGCCUACCUCCUCACCAGCGUCCAUCACCACAAGGACCUGCUAUUCUCAUACAAUAUUGCUGUGGACCGAUCUGAUGAAAUGAAGAAGAUAUUGAACAAAUCUGCUGCCAGUGUAGGCCUUCAACUUCCAGAUGUCUACCAGCCUUGAGUGCUUCUGUUGUGCACGUAUGUGUGACCCAUUGAACUGUUUUUAGUUACAAGACUUUGCUUUGAGUCGCAAAUUAUUUGCCCUGCAAAUGUCAGCUUGUUAAAUGUACUCUUUUCCCAAUAAGGAGCACUUGCAAUUGUCUGUUAAUGAUGUCUUGUUCCAUGCCAUAUGUUUGCUUUCUUGCUGUAACUCACAAAGCAUUUUAGACUGUGUUACUUCUUUGAUUCUUC